AUGGCUGAAGCUGAAUUGUCCUUGGUCAACAAGGCAGAAUUACGAAUUGCUUUAGCCUCAACAGAUGAGCAAUUCCAACAUUCGUUAAGUUUAUACCUUUGUCCCAUAUUAUUAAAGUUGUCCAGUCCUCAUGUCCAAGUAAGACAAGCAGUGCUUAAGAUUGUACAACAUUUGAUUCCUAGAAUAACUGCCGCUAGAUCAAUUACUUUACCUAUAGAUGCCCUCGUUCAACAGGUUAAAUCUCCAAGAGUGGGCCCUGGUGUUGAUGCUGGUUCAGUGCAGCUUUAUUCUACAUUAUUCAUAUUUAGAGGAAUUGAUAGAAUAACAGAUGAACAAAGAAUAAAAUUGGUUCCUGAUAUCAUUGACAAUAUUCAUUUGUAUUCUGAUGCCAUUAGAGCAAGAAUGUUUAGUAUUUUUUCAAAGUUGUUAACAUCUUGGAAAGCUCCAUUUAAAGGUACAGACGAAUAUGACGCUAUGCGUACCACCUUAGGAUUUGACAAGAAUGCUGAAGUUGAAAAGUAUCUUUCGUUUACAAUUGCCAAGUUUUUGUUAUUAUUACCCGAUUCCAACAACAAAGCAACCCCUGGUUUAAGCUUGCAGGAUAAUUCAUUCUUUACAUCCAAUGCUGGAGUUACAUACAAAACAAGAGAAGAGAUAUUCACUACAAAACGAAACUUACUUGAAUUCUUGAAAGCGGGAUUUCAGAACGACCAAUUGGCAUUACCAUUACUUGUUGCUUCCGCCGACCCUUCUUCAAGUAUUAACGAAUCAGCAGAAGGAUUAUUCAAAAGAUUGAAUAUUGAAUUGGAUGAUGUAACUAUAUAUGGAAAUGUGUCGUUGAUUGAUCAUUUGGUGUUAUUAUUCUUGGGCCAACCAGGUAUCCCAGCUGUUGAUUCCAACUUACAAUACAAGAUUUUGCGAGUAUUAAUCAAAAGCACGCGGAUUAGAUUGCACCCAGAAAUAUCAGUAAUUUCUAAAACUGCAUUGCAUUCUGAUAAUCCAAGAAUUCGUCAGUUGGCAAUAACUUUCAUUAGUUGGUUAGGUCAAUCCGAUAAUGUCAACCAAGAAUUGGAACAGUUUAACUUACAAAUGGUAGGUGAAUUACGAAAUGAUAUUAUUUCAGAAGGAUGGCCAAGUAUGGAACUCCAAGGGAAAGUUAACUUUGCUCAACGUAUCAAGGAUCGUCAAUUGAAAUAUGAAACCUUGGGAAAUAUCUUGAAAUCAUAUCCUCAAAUUAUAGAUUGGUCGUUCAUUGAAUUCUUGUAUGGAUCUUUAGAAGGUGAUCAACCAGAGUUAAGAGUUUCCAUUCAAGAUGCAUUAUCUGGAUUAUCGAUGCAUUUAUCGAAGUUGUCACAGGAAAACAAGUAUUUAUUGAAGCGAUUAGCAGCCAAAUAUUUAACAGCUUCAGCCGAUAAUGUUAAUAUCAGUGCAUGCAGAUAUAUCGCCAUCAAGCAUAUAAAUUCAGCAUUCCCUUUUGAAGAUUCAGAAACAAGAUUUUUGUCGAUCUUGGGUUCAUCUAGGGAAAAUGCUCCAGAGACCAUUGAAGAAGCUCAGAAUGGAAUUCAUCCUUAUUGGUUUAAUAUUCGUCAAGUUAAUUAUACUACUGGUUUUAAAUCCACAUCAUAUUUGCUUGGUCAAGAAACUAGCGUUAUAUUUCCGUCAUUCGGAGCAUUUAUGAAUGUUCUUACUGAAGAGAUUGACAAAGCAAAAUCAGUUCAAAAUAGCAGUAUCUUCAAAUCAUUACCAACUGCAAUUUUGUUUGCUCAACAAGCUUUAGUCAUGGAAAGCAUUAAAGGUAAUGAAACUGUUAUAAUUCCCGAUCAGGAUUGGGCGGUUAGAUUGGACAAGGCUAUUGAAGUUAAUGACAAGGUACGUAAUUUAGUAACUCAACACAUGGAGAACAUAUCUAUCCACGAACCAAUUGUUCAAUUAUUGAAUCUUUGUAUUGAUGCAUUGAUUGGUCAAUCUACACAUACUGUGCCAACAGAUACGACAUAUGGAACUAUUCUUUCUCGAAUUAUUUCAUUUUCGUCCUCACCAAUUGUUGAAUUUUUGAUUCCUCGAGUUGCUGAACUUGUGGCAUUAUUGGAUAAAGUACAUGAUGAAAUCACAAUAUCGCAGAUUUGUAAAGCUAUAGGCAUAAUCGCAACACAUCCUUCAAAUGUGAAUUCAUCGAUCAAAGAGCUUGUGGUUGACUUGGGUUUGAAUAACAAAACAAACAUUCUUGCUGUUAGUUAUAUUAUCUCUCGAUUAUACUUACGUGAUCGUGUGAAUAUUAUUGAUGAAACCACAUUAGUUUCUCAUUUGGAUAUUCUUGAAAAGAUGCUUCAGGAGCAGGGAUCGGCCUAUUAUUCUGCUUUAGACUCUAUUUCCCAACUAUCCAUGUUUGGAGUUCUUGGACCUAUUCAAAAUCAAGGUCUAUCCAAUUAUGUUACUACAUUUAAAAACAUAAUUAAAUUGAAAGUGAAAAAGAUUGACGAAAAGUCAGUAUUAACACUUGGAUACUUGAUACUUGCAAACAAUAGAGACGCUAUCGAAGGAUUAUCUGAAGACGAACAACUGAUUUAUGAUACCCAUAUUUCUAAGCAAAUUGAGUAUAUAUUCACAUCUGCUGAGCUGUUGACUAUUGCAGCUGCUGGAUGGGACUCGCUGGUCUUGAGCAAACAAUUGGAUAUCCCGGGCGAGAUUGUGAAAUAUAUUCCUAGAGAUACUUCUAGGGCUGGCAUUAUCUUGGACUCUGUUCUUGGGGCUUGUAAGAACACUAAACCAGCAUUAAGAAGAGCCGGUUGUGUGUGGUUAUUAUCUUUGGUUCAACACUGUAGUAAGUUGGAAGCUAUCACUAGUCGUGCUGGAGAAAUUCAUGUGGCAUUUAUGAAGUUCCUCGCUGAUCGUGAUGAAUUGAUUCAAGAAUCGGCAUCUAGAGGUCUUGGUUUGGUUUAUGAACUAGGUGAUGUGGAGUUAAAGGAUACUUUAGUUAAAUCAUUAUUGAAAUCAUUUACUUCAACUACUGAUUCAGUAAAGAUUACAGCAGGAACAGUUGAAUCCGAUACACAAUUAUUCGAACCUGACGUAUUAAAAACAGAUGAUGGUUCAAUCUCCACUUACAAAGAUGUGUUGAACUUAGCUCAAGAAGUUGGUGACCCUACUUUAGUUUAUAAAUUCAUGUCACUUGCAAAAUCUUCAAGUUUGUGGACAUCUAGAAAGGGGAUUGCUUAUGGAUUAGAAUCUAUUCUUUCACAAACAUCACUUGAUAGUUUAUUAGCCAAAGAUUCUUCUAUGUCCAACAGAUUGAUUCCUAAAUUGUUUAGAUAUAGGUAUGACCCAAAUGAAGGUGUAGCUAAGUCAAUGAAUGAUAUUUGGAACUCGUUAAUUAAGGAUACAUCUAAAGCGGUAACUGCUAAUUUGGACCCUAUUCUAGCUGAGGUAUUAAAGAGUAUGGGUAGAAAAGAAUGGAGAGUUAGACAAGCAGGUACUGCUGCAUUGAAUGAUUUGUUAACCAUGGUUGAAGUCGAAGAUUAUGAAACUAAAUUGGAUGAUAUUUGGACAAUGAGUUUUAGAGUUAUGGAUGAUAUCAAAGAAAGUGUUCGUAAGGAGGCAACUAAAUUGACAAAAGUGUUAACCACAGAAUUAACAAGAUUACUUGAAUCCUCUAGCUAUAAAUUGAAAACGGAAAAGAUUUCUGGGAUUUUGUCUAUUUUAAUUCCAUUUUUCUUGGGGAACAAAGGGGUAUUAAGUGAUUCUGCCGAUGUUAGGAAUUUCUCAUUGGAAAUUCUUCUGAAGUUGUGCAAAUCCAAUAACAAGGCAAUUAAAUCAUAUGUUCCUGAAUUAAUUGAAAAUUUUAUCUUGUUGUUUUCUAGUUUGGAACCAGAGGUUAUCAAUUACUUGGCUUUAAAUGCUUCUAAGUAUAAUAUUGACAACAAUGCAAUUGAUGCCAGUCGUUUGACAAGUAUUGGGAAAUCCCCCUUGAUGGAAGUCACCGAGACACUUCUUUCCCAACUUGAUGAUUCCAAUCUUCCAGAAUUUAUAAUCCGUUUAGAAUCUGCAAUUAAGAAAAGUGUGGGGCUUCCAUCAAAAGUAUGUGGAUCUCGUGUGAUUGUUUCAUUAAUUAUGAAUCAUUAUCAAGUUAUUAAACCAUAUGGAGACAAAUUACUUGCAGUUUCUCUGGCACAAAUUAAGGAUCGUAAUGAUACUAUUGCUUCAAGUUAUGCGGGUUCUUCUGGUUACUUGUGUCGAAUUGCAUCAACAAACUCUAUACUCAAAUAUUCUGAAAUGAUCAAGAAGAUGUAUUUCGAAUCUGAAGAUGACCGAUUCCGUUCCAUUUCCUCAGUUGCGGCGGACUCAGUUUCUAAGUAUGCUGGUGAUAAGUUCGAUUUAGUAUCUUCAGCAUUCCUUCCCUUAGCAUAUAUUGGUAAAUUUGAUGCUGUUGAACAAGUAAGGGAAAAUUUCGAUAGAGUGUGGAUCGAGCAUUCAGGAGGUAAAUCAGCCAUAAAGCUUUAUCUUGCUGAAAUUGUUGACUUGAUUAAAAAGUACAUUCAAAGUAACAAAUUUGAAGUGAGAAAAACGCUAGCAAGAACAUUAAGUGACGUAUCUAAAUCUAUUGACAAUCUUAAUGAAUUUUCAGAACCAUUAAUUCAUGAUAUAUUGCUGGUUUUACUUGAAGCAAAUAAAGGGAAAUCAUGGGAAGGUAAGGAGUUAAUCUUUGAUGCAUUGGUAUCAUUUGCAAUCUUAUCCAAGUCAUAUAUUUCUCAGCAUGAAGACGUCCAUCAAGCUAUUGAAAAAACCGUGACUAUUGAAGUCAAGAGAAGAAACAAAGAGUAUCAGAAACAUGUGGUUUUAAGUGUGGGAAAGUAUAUCCAUGAAUUCCACAAUGAAGAAGUUGUUGAUUUGUACAUUCAGAUCAUGGGUAAGGUUCUCAGUGACGGAUAUUACCAACUGGAUGAUGACAGUGAUGUAGAAAUGGAUGAAGUUGAACCCAUUACUGUUAAGGAAAAUAUUAACCUUGAAGAAAGCAGGUUACAUCUCUUGCAAAACCUUACUGAAGCAUUCUAUAUUCCGGUAAAUGACUCCUUGUUUACAUUUGUCUUCAAUCAAAUCAAAGAAAUUUUUCAAUCGAAAAUCAUUGCAAAUACGUGGAGGUCCAAGGUACAAACUUCUGAAAUCUACAUUGCCAUUAUUGAUAUUCUUAAAGAUACCAAACUUAAACCUAAUCAAGUGGAGUUUCUAUUGAGAACAUGGAACUACCUCAAGUUACAAAGCUUAUUACCAGAAUCAAUUGAAAAUGUUAAGAUUCAAUUCAUUAAGUUGUCAUAUGCGUUGAUUAAAUACUUAACUAUUGACGAUGCAAAGGUCAUCAAAGAAUCGCUCGAGGAAUUUGCUAAGAACGAACCAUCCAGUAUAGUGUUAACUGAGCUCCGAAAUGCUCUAGCCUAA